CAAGAUGGCGUCGUGGCUGCCGGAGACUCUGUUCGAAAUUGUAGGACAAGGCCCAGCGCCGAGCAAAGACUAUUACCAGUUAUUGGUCACCCGAUCCCAGGUCAUCUUUAGAUGGUGGAAGAUUUCUCUGAGAAGUGAGUAUCGAUCAUCAAAACCUGGAGAAACAAAAGAAUCUCACGAAGACUUCCUAGAGAAUUCACAUCUUCAAGUUCAAAUUGCCUUAAUAUUCGGUGCCAGAACAUUAGACUAUGUCUUCAAUUUGUGUGAAGGUAAAUUUGACUUCCUUGAGCGGCUCCCAGACAAGUUGCUUCUGAAUAUCAUUUCUUAUCUGGAUCUCGAAGAUGUUACCAACCUUUCUCUAACAUCCCACAGAUUUUCAAAGCUGUGCAAGUCUGACGAGCUGUGGGAGAUGAUAGUUCAGUCUGCCUGUGACAACAUCACCCCUGACAUGAGGGCCCUGGCCGAGGAGAUGGGCUGGAGACAGAUGUUCUUCACCAACAAGCUGCAGCUCCAGCGACAGAUCCGCAAGAGGAAACAAAAGCAAGGGAGCCAGAGCAGCAGUCAACUUUAGGGAGAUGUUUUUUCCUGCAGGGGCGCUGAGGCACGGUCGUGUUUUUCUGCUGUGUCCAAAUCUCUUCCGUUUUGUUAGGAACCAAGAGGUUUGUGUGGUUUCAGGAGCCAUCUGAAAGGCAGAGAGUAUUUGCUCACAGGCGCAGCAAACCCGACUGUGCAGGGCUUUGCCUGAACCAAGUGCCGAAUCAGUCAAAUCAGUCAAAUCGUGCCUCCACUCCCCAAAGGCUGCAGGACAGGGACCCCUGCCCUCGAUGUC